AUGGCUCCAAGCGCUCAAGCUAAGACCGCCAAGGCUCUCGACGCCAAGAAGAAGGUCGCCAAGGGACAACGCACCUCCCACAAGCGUCAAGUCCGCACCUCCGUCCACUUCCGUCGCCCAGUCACCUUGAAGACUGCCCGUCAGGCUCGUUUCCCACGCAAGUCGGCUCCAAAGGCCUCCAAGAUGGACCACUACCGCAUCAUCCAACACCCAUUGACGACUGAGUCGGCCAUGAAGAAGAUCGAAGAGCACAACACUCUUGUCUUCAUCGUCAACAACGACGCCAACAAGUACCAGAUCAAGGAUGCCGUCCACAAGCUCUAUAACGUCCAGGCCCUCAAGGUCAACACUCUCAUCACCCCACUCCAACAGAAGAAGGCCUACGUCCGCCUCACCGCUGACUACGAUGCCCUCGACGUCGCCAACAAGAUUGGAGUCAUCUAA